AUGGGACCUUACCGAGAACCUCUUUUACUCUUGCCGGUGCGACUCAGAAACACUGGCUGUUCCGUACCUGUGCCUGUCACAGCUGGGCCUUAUGCUCCACCGUUCCGCUGUCACAGUUGGGCCUUAUCGGUACUCCACUGCUCCACCGUUCCGCUGUCACUAUUGGGCCUUAUCGGUACUCCACUGCUCCACCGUUCCGCCGUCACUGUUGGGCCUUAUCUGGUACUCCACUGCUCCACCGUUCCGCUGUCACUGUUAGGCCUUAUCGGUACUCCACUGAUCCACCGUUCCUCUGUCACUGUUGGACCUUAUCGGUACUCCAUUGCUCCACUGUUCCGCUGUCACUGUUGGGCCUUAUCGGUACUCCACUGCUCCACCGUUCCGCUGUCACUGUUGGGCCUUAUCGGUACUGCACUGCUCCACUGUUCCGUUGUCACUGUUGGGCCUUAUCGGUACUCCACUGCUCCACCGUUCCGCUGUCACAGUUGGGCCUUUCCAGUACUCUAG